AUGAAGCAGCUAGGCGCGCAGCUGCUAUCCAAGGCGGCGAACUUAGUGCAGCAGGCCAAGGGCGAUGCACCUGCGCAGCAGCAGGGCGGCGGGAUACCUGCAGCCCGCGCCGGCCCCGGUCAGCAGGCCAAGCAGCAGCCGGACCCAGUUUUGGAGCAGCUUCUCCGCAGCGUGCGCUCCAAGCAUGUGCGCCGUCAGUUCUUCGUGCACGCCGCCUCUGAAUACACAGAGACGCGCGACGUGCGUCUGCUGGCGGGGACGUACAAUGUAGCGGGCAAGCGGCCGCCGCCGGGCACGAAGCUCCACGAAUGGGUCGGCCAGUGGAGGGACAGCUGGCCAAAGGUCACGGACGGUGGGGCGCGCGCGGGUGCCGGCCCCGACAUAAUCGCUGUCGGCUUCCAGGAGGUGGUCCCUCUGAACGCGGGCAACGCGCUGCUGGGGCCCACCAGCGAGGGCGCAGACGCCUGGGACCUAGCGCUGGCCGCAACACUCAACGGCGAGGAGUGGGCGGCUCGCAACUAUGGGCGCACCUACGGCAGCAGCCUGGCAAACCCCUAUAAUAGCAUGGAGCGGCUGGGGUCGCAGGCCGCGUACGCCUACAGCGUGAUCAGCAACCAGGCGGCCACCGCCAUCGUGACGGCCAUGGACAAGCUCUGGGUGGGCGCGGACGGCACCGCCACGCCGGCGCACCGCGGCUCUGUCGGCGGCGUGGGCGGGGGCGGGACGCCCCAGCACAGCGGCGGCGUCGCGGCGGGGCUGGAUGUGGCGGCGGAGCAGCAGCAGCAGCAGGCGCGGCUGCACGCGGCGCUGGAGUCGGGGGACUCUGAGGACGUGUUUGUGGCCGCGAAGCAGAUGGUGGGGCUCUACCUGUCGGUGUGGGUGCGCAAGCGCCUCGCGCGCCACGUGCGCGGCGUGCAGACGACCAGCGCGGCGACGGGCUGGGGGGGAUACGUCGGAAACAAGGGCGCCGUGGCGGCGCGCUUCCGCGUGCACGACGCCCCCGUGUGCGUCGUCUGCAGCCACCUGGCGUCGGGCGACCAGGAGGGCGACGAGCUGCGGCGCAACGCGGACGCGGCGGAGAUACUGCGGCGCUGCGUGUUCCCCACAGACGCGCAGGCGGCGGCCCUGGGGGUGACGGGCGUGGGCCCCCCGGGUCACUGGGGUGACAUGUCGGUCGUCACCGACCACUCGAACGUGAUCUGGCUGGGUGACCUCAACUACCGCGUGGCCAUGCCUGAUGAGGAGGCGCGGCGGCUUAUCUCUGCCGGCCAGUACGAGCGCCUGCUGGCAGCAGACCAGCUCUCGCGUGAGAUGGGGGCGGGGCGCGUCUUCCAGGUGGGUGCCGCGGCUUGGGCUGGCUUUUGA